AGCCAGCUCACGGGCGGACUGAGUAUUCCACGCCUCCGGACUCAUUCCUCUCGGUGCACCAACUUCGGCCUACACGACCCUCAAUAGCCGGUUGCUCGGACUACUCAAGCUUCGUUGCAUAAUCUGAAAGCUCCUCGCCCGUCCAAUCCCCCCUGGAACUCAAUCCAUGUCUGUCUCGGCCUUGCCUACAAGCUCCCGCACUCGUACUGGACGCUCCUUCUUUCCAGACUGCAUCGUGGCUGCCAUUUGCUUUGCCAGAUGCCACGCAGGUAGCGCAGUCGCGCCAUGGCAGUGCUACCUAUGGGGUACCUCAGCGAGGAAUAACGAAACAACGGGGGGCGGCCGACACGGGGUUUCCGCUUGGCAUCUGCGUUAACUACGUGCGCGAGCCAGGGUGCUCGGCCCAUGGCUAUGAAGCGCACCUGCCGUGGAGAGAGAUGGGAGCGGAGACUCGAUCUGGCUGCCACGGCCUCUUCUCUUCCGUUCUCGUCUCUCUCGUCUCGUAUGGAUGCUUUCGAAUGCUUUUCCCAAUCACCACGAUUAUCCAUCGCGGACUUACUGGUAUCUCAUCUCGUCGUUUUUGCCCUCCUGUUCUGCUGUUAUUGGGAGCAUUGUUCCAGGAAUCCCACGCGCUUCCGAUCACCGGCCUCGUCCCGGCAGCCAUGGCCGUCGCAGUUCUGCCGGCGCUCCUUUGCGUUGGGCUGGUUCUCUCCAGAGCACAGGCGGCACCUGCAUCCACAGCCAACCUGACAAGUCGGGCUCAAAGUGCGGUCCCCGUCGGCGUCAUCAUCAACCACUGCACUGUUCCCGGCGUCGUGGCGCUCACCUUUGACGACGGCCCCUUCGUGUACACCAGCCGCGUGCUGGAUCACCUGGACCAGUACGGCGCCAGGGCCACCUUCUUCGUCAACGGGGAGAACUGGUCGCGCGGCAUCGCCGAUCCUUCGACGCCGUGGCCCGAGAUUCUCAGGCGGAUAGACCGCUCUGGCCACCAGAUCGGCUCGCACACGUGGUCGCACGCCGAUCUGUCGGCUGCCAGUCCGCAGGCUCGGCAAUACCAGGUCCACCAGUUGGACACGGCGCUCCGUGUCGUGCUCGGCAAGUCGCCGACAUAUCUCCGCCCGCCGUACGCCUCCUGCUCGAGCGAGUGCCUGUCCGACCUGGAGCGGAUGGGAUACCAUGUGGUCAACUUCGACGUCGAUCCCAAGGACUACCUCCACAACCGCCCGGACGACAUCGCCUCGGCCAUGGAAAACUUCUCGAGGGCACUGGACGGCGGUGGCUGGGGCAACUCCUUCCUGGUCCUCAGCCACGACUCCCUGAGGCAGACGGCCGAGGCUCUCGUCCCCCACAUGCUCGAGGAGAUUCAGCAUCGCGGUUACAGGGCUGUUACGGUGGGCGAGUGUCUCGGCGAUCCCCCCGAGAAUUGGUACCGGUGGGGUUAAGAGAAGCCCUUGAAGUCUACAUGUGAGACGGGUUUUGAGCGGCGCGGGGGGGAAGGGGGGAAAGGGCGGGGGACUGCUUUUGGAUGCAACAGAUUGUUCGUUUAGUCGUGACAAGAUGUGGUAC